AUGGAGAAAAUUGAAUAUCUUACCGUCAUUAAGUUUCUCACCAAACAAGAAAAGACACCUCAAACAGUUUUUCAAGAGAUGUCAGCUGUUUAUAGGGACUCCGCUCCUGGGAAAACCAUGAUUUAUAAAUGGCACGCCCUUUACAAAAAAGGGAGGGACUCCAUUGAAGACGACUCCCGACUUGUGCGGCCGAUUGAGGCAACCACGCCAGAAAUAAUCGAAAAAGUUGAAAAACUUGUAUUGGAAAAUACCCGGCUAAAGAAAAAACAGCUUACAACAUUAGUUGGAGUAUCAGAAACAACCAUUGUGAACAUCCUACAUCAACACCUUGGCAUGACUAAAGUCUGUGCAAGAUGGGUUACGAGAAUACUUUCUGCGGAUCAAAAACGCGAGCCCGUCGAAGCCCGAAUUGAAACUGGCAAUGAAACUUGGGUUCACCAUAAUGAACCUGAGUCAAAGCAAGAGUCGAUCAAUUAA